GCCACGCGCGCCAAAAUGGUCCGGCGGUAUUUGCAACAACUCGACCACAACGUCAAGCUAAGCUUUCUCUUUACGUUUGCGUUUUGGUCCUCUCGAAGCAUCGUGUUCGAGCAAAUUUUGUCGGGCUACAUAUUUGUGCUCACGUCGUCGAAUGAACCAGUGGGUUAUAUCAAAGGCGUUCAAGGCAUUGUCCAGUUGUUGGCAGCAGUGCCAGGCGGCUACGCCAGUGACCACUGCCGCCGCGACACUAUUCUCAAGUUGUCCGCAGGUACUGGCCUCAGCUGCGCCUUCCUCACGUUGUACGCGUUGUACAUGAAUCACAUGCCCCUGUUGUAUGUUGUGUUUGCGCUAUGGGGGCUCUUCUUUGCCAUUCAAGUACCCGCCCUCGAAGCGCUUUUCGCCGACUCCAUUCCCCAAGGCAAGCGAGCGUAUCCCAUUACGAUCAAAUGUGUGCUGACGACGGUGGCCACGAUUGUCGGUCCAUGUAUUUGCGUUGUCCUGUUUCAAGUCGAGGGCGAUUCGUGGAACUUGUGGGAACUACAACUGGUGCUCAUGGUGGGCAUGUCGUUGGGCAUUCCGCCGCUGUUUUUGCUAUUUUUCUUCAACGACGACCUGGCGUAUGAGAACAGCAUCAAAACAGCCGUGGUCGCCGCGAAAGAAACGCAACCGCUCGUUGCCCUUGAAGCACCAUCCUCGGCGUCCAAUAUGGAAUCGGAGCACAAUACGUUCCUCUGGUUUGGCCCCCGCCACGUGCCGUACUUGCUCUUUACGUCGGACUUUAUCAUUUGCAACGGUGCCGGGUUGACCAUCAAUUUCUUUCCCGUAUUCUUUCAGCACGAUUACAACUUGACCCCAUCGCAAGUGAAUUUGCUGUGGGUUGCCCAGCCCUUGCUGGUCGUGGUGUUGUCGCUCGUGUGCCAGCGUUGUGCCACGUACUAACCUGUGACACUGUAUGCUCCAUAUGUACAACAACCGGCUGUAUGUAGGUGGUGUGGAGACAUUGAAACGAUCGUGGCCACACGUUUUUUCGCCACCGGAUGUUUGGCGUUGAUGACGUAUGCGACACCGUUGUCGUUGGUAGUCGCGCUGUUCUUGAUGCGAAGUGGAUUCAUGCGCUGUUCCGAGCCGUUGCGAACUUCGCUGCUCAUGGACUACGUGCCGCAGCAUUUACGGGGACGAUGGAAUGCACUGGAAGGACUGACCAUGUUCACGUACUCUGGCAGUGCCAUGGUUGGUGGCUACCUGAUUGAACAUCAUGGCUACCGCUACUGCUUCCUCAUCACUGCUGCGAUUUAUGGGAUCGGACUCUUGGCCGAGUUACUCCUCUUGCCCAUCAUUCGCAACGACCCAAAGUCACAAUCAAAACUACGAAACCAUUAGAAUAGCCAGGGAACUCUGCUCAGGAACGAAAACAGUUAUUGUACCAACCCAACUCGUCAAUAGCUGUGGUAAUCAUCCCGGGGAUCUCAGCCGCUAUACGCUGCAGCUGGUCGAGAUAGCCCGAACUUACAGUUAAACUAUGCAGUCGUGAUUUCCUUCAGUUGCUAUAAGUUUGUAUUCAC